CCGCCGGGCAGGGAGGCUUUGGCUCCGCCCCUUCGCCUCAGUCGGCAGCCUCCUCUAGAGGAGUUCUUCUGUCCUGCUUUCACCCAGGGAGCGAGCGGGCGGGCAAGGAGGAAGGUCGCUGCCUUUAGGCCGCAUAUCCGGGAUCCGCUGAGGCAUUCGGGCUUCCGUUUUCCACCGAAAGAAAAAAAAAGAAACAAAAAAAGACCGGCGCGAGCUCCAGCGGUUCGGGUCUUCGCCGGAGGAGCGCGAGCCCUCGGCGGUUCCUCGGCCUGAAGGAGCCCUUGAAGGAGAGGAAUUGGUCGGAGCGCGCGCGCUUGUGUGUGUCUGUGUGUGUGUGCGCGCGCGCGCUGCCGCCGGCCAGCGAGGCAGUUGGACGCACGCGCACAGGCGCGCGCUCGUAGUUGGAGAUUGGAAGAUGAAUAAUCUUUCUUUUAGUGAACUUUGCUGCCUAUUCUGUUGUCCACCAUGUCCAGGAAAAAUAGCAUCCAAGCUGGCAUUUUUGCCCCCAGACCCUACUUAUACUUUGAUGUGCGAUGAGAGUGGGAGUCGUUGGACUCUACAUCUUUCCGAACGAGCAGACUGGCAAUAUUCUUCUAGAGAAAAAGAUGCCAUUGAAUGUUUCAUGACUCGAACCAGCAAAGGCAACAGGAUUGCCUGUAUGUUUGUGCGUUGUUCCCCGAAUGCCAAGUAUACCUUGCUGUUCUCACAUGGGAAUGCUGUUGACUUAGGCCAGAUGAGCAGCUUUUACAUAGGACUUGGUUCACGGAUUAAUUGCAACAUAUUUUCCUAUGAUUAUUCUGGAUAUGGAGCAAGUUCAGGAAAACCAACAGAGAAGAAUUUGUAUGCUGACAUCGAUGCUGCUUGGGUAGCUCUUAGAACAAGGUACGGAAUCCGCCCUGAAAAUGUGAUUAUAUAUGGCCAAAGCAUUGGAACAGUGCCAUCUGUGGAUCUUGCUGCUCGUUAUGAAAGUGCUGCUGUAAUUCUUCAUUCUCCUCUGACUUCGGGAAUGCGAGUAGCUUUUCCUGAUACUAAGAAGACCUACUGCUUUGAUGCAUUCCCAAACAUUGACAAGAUUUCUAAAAUAACAUCUCCAGUGUUAAUAAUCCAUGGGACUGAAGAUGAAGUGAUUGACUUUUCACAUGGCUUAGCUUUAUUUGAACGCUGCCAAAGGCCUGUAGAACCACUGUGGGUAGAAGGAGCAGGACACAAUGAUGUUGAGCUUUACGGACAAUAUCUUGAAAGAUUGAAACAGUUUGUGUCACAGGAACUUGUGAAUUUGUAAACUGCUUUGUAUAGUUACAUGCUGGUGAAUUUCUUUGCAGAACUGCAGAUCUUGAUAACCACAGCAUGAAACCUGAUGGUUUUGUUUUCAAAUCAGGUCAGUUGCCUUCAUAUGUGUACAGGUAAUGAUUUGUAAACAUAAAUUAAUGAAGGUUUUGAUACCAGUAUUAACUGGAAAAACAGAUAAGGAGGGCAAGCUUGUGUAGUUCUCAUAUUUUGCGCAAGUUUUCUUAAGCUAUACAUAAGUCAAUUUGCAAGUUUUUCUUAAGAUGUACAAAAAUAAAGUGAAAUUUUAUGUAAAAUCAGAUGCUGUAAAAGUGUUGCCAAAUGCUUUAGCAUAUCAGAAAGAAGGUUGUAUACAAUAUUUUUAAAACAUCUCAGAUUUUACUGUGACCUAUUCUGUUGCACAAGUGUAAUUGAAUCAGUUGUAAAGCAAAAAAUAGCCAUUACAUUUGAAGGAAUAUGAAAGAAGAAUGAAAAUAACCACUGGAACUUGCAGUCCCUGUUAUAGCAGAGCAAGUCAAAAUAAGGGUUUUAUAAUCUUUCAUGUCUUAUUCUUAAUGUUUCUCUUUUCCCGAACCAUUACUGGCUGAAAAAACUAUUUGACCAUUGUUGCUUUACAAAACAAAGACCCAAAAUCUUGAUUCUCUAUUAACAUUGUCCAUAUUAAAAUAACAAAAUACCAACUUCAAUGGAUCAUUGGGAAUCAAUAAGAAAUUUAAAAAUCUUUUUAUGUGGCUACUUGGCCAUUUUGAAAUUAUGUAAAGAAGGAUAAAAAUAAAAACUAAUAUUUGUCUGACUUUUUUUACUGGCAAAUGUGCAAAGUUGCAAUUUGUCAUUUUUGAUUUAAAUGUUUGUAAAUGUAAAACUAAUUGUUUCAAUUAUUCUGAGAUCUCAACUAAUGUACUCCUCUAUAGUGAAAACGAAUGUCGACAACUCUAGUAAAAUAAGUUGCCUUUCCCUUGAAUACAUCUUGCUUGAAUAAAAUAUAAACUAGACCUAAAAUGUAGCCUAAUUUGUUAACAAACUAAUACUCAAGUACACACUGUGCUUCUAAUUUUAAAGCCUUACAUAGUUUACUCAUUCUGCUCAUUUUUGUGAUUGUCCAGGAAUAUUGUAUAAUGUAUGUAUUGUGAAUGCUUAGAUUUGAAUGUGUUCAGCCUGAAUAAGAGAAAUUCCAUACAGUUGAUGCUCAGCUUUUCCUGCAAACCUUAACUGUAGGCUCUUGGUCAGCUUAUUCUCUGUGACACCAAAGAGCCAGAACGAUUCCUAAUGUGACUAAAACAUCUUGCCAAAAUCUGCUGGUUCUACUCAUAUGGACAUGUGCUUCCCUUUUCCAGGUGUCUAUCCUAUGUUCGUCAUCCACAUUUACGUAACAGUUGGCUUGUUUCAAGGCAUUAUGUUAGUGUAUAGUUUGAUUUUUAUGCAAACUCAAUCUAACUUAUUAAACUAUUGAGUAACUAUGUUUUCUGAAUGAAGGACCGAACAUGAGUAAAGUGUUUUAAGCCUUGUCAUAGUGGAUGGCAAAUGUUUUCAUAGUUACUGGAUUGCAGUGUAUCCUCUGCAUAGAGUUCACUGUAAUGAAAUGAAAUACCAAGUAUGAUGUAAUACAUUUCAUACUCUUCUCUAUAUCCUGCAGACCCCAUGUGGAGAGAGGAGGGAAAUCCUACCAUUUUCACAAUAGCUUUUUUGUACUCUGAAACAUAUGAAGAUUUGUUCACAUAGUUCCCAGUGUGGGAGGCAAUGUGUUGGCAGGGGAGAAGUAAAGAAAGAAAUAGCAUCUAAUAAAAAAUCUAGCUUGUUAAAUACAUUGGUGUGGCUCCACAUCUAGUCAUAACUAAAGUAGAAUCAGUGUUACUAUUCUAAAUAUAUAAGACUUAUUCCUAUUCAUUAAUACUGUAAACUAAAUCUGCACUGAUUUUGCUUUACACUCAGUGAGAUAUUUUGAUUUGGCUAACUAUCAGUUUGAUAGGUUUUUUAAAAUGACAGUAUAGAGAGAAAUCAUAUCUAGUAGUUUGCACAUUGGAUUGAGCCUCAAGAACAAGGUUCAGAUCUCUGCUCUGCUAUGGAAACCCCCACUGAUCUCAGGAAGACAAAGGCAAACCCCCUGUGAACAAACCUUGCCAGGAAACCCCUAUGAUAAUGUUGCCUUAGGGUCUCCAAAGGUUGGGAACAACUUAAAGGUACACAACAACAGUAUAAUAGGAUAAGCAUAGAUCCAUAACUAUGUGUCCAUAGAAAGCAUCACAGAAUUUGAUGGAGUGCAAGUAGCAUUUUUAUAAACUUGAUCUAUAAAACUUAAAUAUUAUUUUGUUCUAUUAAAGUAAAGUGAGCUGUCCUUUAAGAAAAGACAAAAUCUUAAAAAUAUCUUGCUUCAAUUCAGUGUAUUUAAUUAUUCAGUCCUUCCAAAAAGACUGCUAAAUUUUCAAAGAUCUCUAAGUUGCAUCCCUGACACAUUGUUUCCAAAUCUUUUCGUUACCAAAUGACCAUAAUAAAGGGAACUCAGUUAAUACUAUUUUUCCAAAUAAAAAGCUACUAUAGCAAAGGUCAACUCAAUUAUGUCAGUACACAUACACUUACAUUCCCUCAAUGCACUGUUGAACUGCAAUUCUCAUCAUUCAACCAUUUAUUAGGCUGGUUAGAGUUUCUUGGAUUUGCAGUUCAACAGCAACUGUUGGUCCAGAUUUUAGGGGAAGGAAGGAUAUCAGGCAUGAAAGCAAAACAUGUUGUUAGGCAAAGUACUACCUCAGACCAGUCUUGUUACUUUUAGGAAAUAUCAGACUCCAUAUUUGGAAGUGAGCUUCAGAGAUUAUUAUGGAUGUGUUGCAUUAUAACAGCCUAAACCUAAACCAGCCAAGAAUACUAUAAACAAAACAGUGAUGUGAGUAGCAACAUAUCUGCUAUUGGAGAUUGCUUACUGUUAUUAUCUUGAUCUCUGUAGGUCAAAUGUUUGUAGGCUUUACCUUUAUACUACAUGCAUUUCCAAUUUCUUUUGACUUAAAAUUUCCAUUGGCACCAUACUGCAUGUUCAGUGGCUGGAGUGAUGGAAGUUGUAAUCUUCAUCUAGAAGCUUCAGGUUGAGGAAUAUUGCUCUGUUUUGGUUUUAGACACAAAUACAAUUAGGCAAAUUGAAAGAUUCCUGUAGGAUGGGUCUAGCUGUAUCAACACAAGUUAGAUGUGAUUAUGACCAUGUUGCAGAAUAUGAAUUUGCCUUGCAGCAUUGUUUGAAGUUAGAGGCAAGAGGUCCCCUGAUUCUGUCUCACAGAUUUUUAUCAGCAAGAAAGAGGCAGGCUACAGUUCCUGAACAUGGCAGUAAUAGUGUCAAAGGGUUUUGUAGUACACAUUUUCCCCAUUUAUAUCAGGAGAAACAUACCAGGGCUAAUUUCCAGUAACAGGACCUACUGGCCAUCUGUGAGAAUUAAAUGAUGCUUUCUGGUAAUUAAGGUACAAAUUUUGAAAACAAAUUGGCUUACAACCAGAGAACCAUUUUUAAUUUUUGCACAAUGCUUUUGGAAGGGUAAUAUCGAACUUCAUGUGGCCUUUUUGUCAAGACCUAAGUAUAGUUUUUAAUAUUUUACUUCCAAUGGAGCUUUGCACUGAUAUUAAAGUUGAGCCCUGUUAACAUCGCAAGAUAUAUAGUUUUAUGUAUGACCAGAUUCUGAUUCCCUGGAACACUUUGUAGGGCUGCUAGUGGCAACCAAAAUAACUUAGAAUACUAAUCAAGAAGCCACUGACCAGAAAAGUUGUCAUCCUUUGUUUGGGUUUAAGUCUAAAAGGCAUGGGGAGGAGGGAAACAUCAAGGCUGUCAGGCUUGAGAGCAAAAAGGGCACAGACUGUCAGGCAGUACUACCUCAGACCAGUCUUGUCACCUUUAGGAUAUUUUGAACUCUGUAUGUGGAAGUGUGCUUCAGAGAUUAUUAUGGAUGUCUUGCAUUAUUACAAAGCCUAAGCCAGCCAAUGUGAGAUCUAGAAUAUUUACAUUAUUUCCAACCUUUUAAAAUAAAAAUAUAACACAGUAUUGACUAACUUCUUUGCUUCUGUUCCUUCCCUUUUGUUAAGAUCGGGUUACUCCAAAAUCAGGUCUAAGCAUUAGCCGCUGUUAACUCUGUUUAAACAUUCUGCUAAUCAUUGUUCUUUAAGAUGAUUCAAAUAAAGGCUAGCUUUUGACUAUA